AUGAAAGCUAUUUUUGUUUUUGACGUUGAUGGCACAUUGACCCCUUGUAGAAAAAAUAUUGAUAAAGAGACCCACGACUUUUUACAAGAAAUUAGGAAGUCUUAUCCAGUUGCAAUCGUGGGCGGCUCAGACCUGAAUAAAAUUGCUGAGCAGCUUGCUAACCAUGAUAAGACUAAAUUAACCACAGAAUACGACUAUGUCUUCAGCGAGAACGGAAUGGUUGGAUUCCAUGGAGAAAAAGAACUGCCUACUCAUUCAAUCCACGAGAAACUAGGAGAAGAGAAACUUCAAAAGCUAAUCAACUUUACUCUGAACUAUUUCUCUAACAUAACCCUUCCAGUCAAAAGAGGAAACUUCAUUGAAUUCCGUAAAGGAAUGCUGAACCUAUCACCUAUCGGAAGGAGCUGUUCACAAGAAGAACGUGAUAACUUUGUUAUUUAUGAUGCAGAGCACGGAAUUCGUGAGAAGUUCGUAAAAGCUCUUGAAGCUGAGUUUUCCAGCUUCGGACUCACUUUUGCUGUUGGCGGACAGAUCAGUGUCGAUGCUUAUCCUAAUGGAUGGGACAAAACGUUUUGCCUUCAAUACUUUGCCGACCAGUAUGAACGUAUUUACUUUUUCGGAGAUAAGACAGCACCAGGAGGGAAUGAUCACGCAAUUUUCGUAGAUCCAAGAACAAUCGGACACACAGUAGCAGGACCUUCCGACACACGACAACAGGUGUCAAAAGCUCUUGAAGAGCUUAAGACAAUUUAA